AUGUCAACUCGCCUAUCGUGGUAUCGCACCACAAAAAUGACGUCAGUCAACACAGCUGAAAACGAGUGUUACCACCCAAGAUGUAUUUUUGAGCACUCUGAGAUCACUUCAGAAACUGUCCCAUUUUUUCCAAAGUGUGAAGAAGUAUGCGGAAUCUUGGUGUUCAAUUCGGACACUAACUUAUCAGAGGAUCAAUUGGAGAACGUGUUUAAGAAUAUGAAAAUUUUGAAUGGAGGAAUUAGAAUAGAGAAUUCGAGGCUGAAAAGUUUAUCAUUUUUCACAGUCAGCAAGAAAGAACAGAGAUUUGGUUUUGAUUGCAAGUCGAACAGGUUGAUAAUCCGAAAUAACUCACUACUCACUGAUGUUAAAAUUCUUUGGAAAUUCUACUUCUUCCAGUCCGAUACUGAUGAGUGUGAAAUAGUCAUUGAGAACAACACUAAAUUAGACGUCAGUACGUUAUGUGACUAUGGUUAUCUGCAUAGUAUUACUGGAAUUAAAGUGACUGGGAAUAUGAGAGAUUGUGGUUGCUAUAACACUGACCUAAACAAAUGCCAAGUCCUAUUUGGCGGACUGAGACUUAUCAAUACCACAAUCCUACCUACACUAUCCCCUAUCAUGGAAAUUCGAGGAGAUAUAUUGAUUCAGGACACAAAUUUUGAAGAUUUAUCGUUUCUUGGAAACCUUGAACGUCUGGUGAUCAGUGAUGCUGGCAAAAAAGAAAAAAUGACAAUUAAUAUCAGAAAUAAUCGUCAAAUGACAAGGCUUGGACUGCCUGUCUUAAAACAAAUCAAAAACAUCUGGAAUAGCGAUAUAUUCGCGAAUCUGGAAAACUUGAGUCCAGAUUUCUGCAUGACUAUUGAAGAAAUUAUUCUCUUUCUAGAAUACAGAAUUAAUUUCGUGAAUCUUCACGCAAAAUUUUGCGAGGACCCAGGAAAUUUGCAUAAUCUGAAAUUAUGCUAUUUUGAGAGUAUGAAACAUUUGGAGCAAAACUGCAGAUACAUUCUUGGUGACUUGAUGAUAGAGUCGGGUGAUGAAGAGUACAUAUAUAAAUUGGGUACUGUCACUCAUAUUUUUGGAUGUCCUAGUCAAAAGAUGAAUGCUCUGGAAAUGAAAUUCUACCAAAAUUGUACAACACUCAGUGGUGGUCUUAUACUAACCGACACUUCCACCGACAUGUCUCAUCUGUCUAAAAUUGAAACUAUAAAUGGAGCAAUCGAGAUUUCUAACACAAGCCUUAAGAACCUCGAUUUUCUGGGAAGUCUUAAAACUGUGAACUGUAUGGAUGCAGAUGGAAUUAUGAUCAACAUACAUAGUAAUUUGAAAAUGACGCGUUUAGGAUUGAAGGCAUUAAAGACGCUGACCUCCCACUACACCUUCACAAUGAACCUCGAAAAACUACAACCAGAUUUUUGUCUAACCAUCCCAGAAAUGGUUGUGUUCCUCGAAUCGUCUGUUGUCUUUCGAUAUUUGGAUGCAAGACUUUGUGACUUCAAUCCAUCAGAGCUCACGCCAAAAACUUGUCGGCUCACUAAUUUGAGCUCAUUGGACUCAAAUUGUGUUUAUCUCGUCGGUGAUUUAAGAAUUGAUAGUGGAGAUGAGGAACGUUGCAUAACAUUUCCAGAACAGAAAUAUAUGAAUGCAUCCAUUUAUGAUGAGGGAUAUUUUGAGUAUUUUCUUACCGCGUUGUUCAUAAUAGUCACUUUCAUUCUUUUGGUAACAUUGGGUAUAACUUAUAGAAGGAGAAUGAAUCUGGGAAUUGAUAAAGGCAGCAGCACAUCAAUGUUAGUUGUAAUGAUGGCCAUAUCUUUCCUCAUAUCUGAAUUUAUUUACAAUAUAAAGUUCACAAUGGAUGAUCGAUAUCGUUUUGAAAAUGGAAAUAAAGUGAAUACACAAAUAAUGGACAUGUUUGAAUAUGUUACCAAAAUAGUUCUGCAUCUCAUCGCUAUAUUCCAUUGUUUCAUUUCUUUCUUUUUGUCUUCUCAAUAUCGAGAAGUUGUGAGGGAGUUGUUAAGAUGGGAUAAAAGGAAAUAG